AAUCAUACUCCAUUCCUCCAACCUAAAAUCCCAGGUUUUUUUUAAUAAUUGUUUCCUUGGUCGAACUUGAAUCUAUUUCACAGGGGAACAAGAGGAUCAACAAUGGCGGUGUUGGGCGGUCUUGGUUGUGGUGGAAACGUUUGUCUUCGACGCCAUCAAUCGUCCGGUCUUUUCAAAUUCCAUAACCCAAAUGGACGCCCAUGUUCUUUCAUGGCUUCAAAUCCACAAUCGUCGAAACCAAGAACGUCGACCAAGAAGAUCUCGAGGUCUAAGGUAAGCCUUCAACCAUUGCCGAAACAAAAAGAGAAGAAACGGAACGAGUUGGUGUACGAGAAAAUAGACGAAUGGAUGAGAGAUUCGGUGGCUGAGAUCGUCAAGAAGCUGCCGGAAUCGCCGCUUUUGGUCAACGUCUACUCGGACGACAACACGACGAGAACCCGGACGGAAAAAGCCGAUGAAAUCAACUGGGUCUCGGUGAAGCAAAAAUGGGAGAAAGGUGAGACUCCAAUGCCUGAUGGGGUGAUAUUUGUUGAACAAAUAGAAGGAGAUGAUGAAGAGAGCGAUGGAAAGGAAGAGGUAUCGAGGGCAUGGGGGAUUGUGGUGCAGGGCCAAGGGUGUGGACUGGCACCAGCUUGUUAUUUGUUGAAGACUUCUAAAGUGAGUUCAGGGAUAGGGUUAAAGUGCACCCAUUUUUGUUUAGUGAAGGUUAAGAGUUUCAGGGAAACUGCUUUUUCGCAGCUCAAGAAUUGUUGGCUGUUGCAGGGGAAUUGAACAACAGGGAUGAUUUGAUAUUUUUUAUAAUUUUAUUUUGUUGAUAAUGUAUUGUUAGCAAUUUGCAAAUUGGGUCUCUUGAUUAAGAUCAGAUUCUUAUAGAAAUGGUGGUAUUCAACCAUUAUUGUGAAGCAUUUAGAAUACAAGUAUGUUUGGAUCAAGAGAAAGCUGUAACUGAUGAUUUCAUUUUCAAUUCCUAUAAUUUGCAAGCACUUUUCACAUGGA